AGUCGAUGUGCACGCUCCGUAGCGGGCGGGUGUGUGACCAAGAGAUAAUUCUUACGGAGACUUAAUGUGAAAUAUUAACUAUGAAUUAAUUGGUGUUGUGUGUUAUAAUAUUGAUGCCAAAACGGAGGAAUGCGCGUGUGAAACAAGUUCAUAAAUUCGACGCGAGAUGGCGCUUUUAUAAAUUUUUUUUUUUACCGGUAGAUGGCGCUAAUCCCAAUGUGACUCGUUGAAAGUGAAUUAGUGUUAUGUAGUGUAGUGUUUAGUGUUAAUAAUAAGUGAAGUGUGUGAAAUGCGAGACGGGUCCAAACCAGGCCCCAGUGGAGGCUUGUCGGGGCAUGGUUUCGAUACUGAAUUUGAAGGUGCUCCAGGCAUUGAAGACAGUUAUGAAGAAUUAGCUUCGCUGAAAACUCUGCUGCACUUCCCAGAAGAAGUGGCUUUGAGAUUAACAGACACGGAAUAUAAACUCUUCUAUCAAGUACCACCAAUAGACUACCUGCGCCAGGUGACCCUGGAUCUUGGUGGCGAGGGGGUGCUGGGUACGGUCAGCGAACGGCACAUGAUACGUCGACCGCCGGCGACUCACACGCCACAGGCUAAGAGCAGCGUGAGAUCCCUUAUACGGAGAUUUAACGAGGUCUCCGCGUGGGUGACGGACCUGGUGCUGUCUCCGUCAUCGCUAGAAGACAAGAAGGUGGUUCUUACUUGUGUGCUGAGGAUCGCCCUUACCUGCUGGAACAUUGGCAAUUUCAACGGAGCCAUGGAAGUUGUGGCUGGAUUAAAGUCUCACAAACUGAAGCCAUUCUGGCUGACCAUAUCUGAUGAACCGUUACCAGCGUUGGACUUUCUCUCCGCUGCUCUGCUGUCAGCGGAGUACGAGAGAGCACUCAGUCGAGCGCUGGCCAUGCCGGAGUGCCGGCUGAUACCGUUCUUUGGUGCUUUCUUACGGGAGCUGAGAGAAAUCCUGGCUGCUACACCUUCACUCACCACACAUUCGGUGGCUGCGACGCCGACACAUCGUCGAGACUUCAAAAGGGAAUCUACAAAAGAUGAUAGGGGGUCGCUGAAGAAGGACAGCAGACGAGAAAGCAAGAGAUCAGACACGAGCCCGUUAAAAGACAGCUGCAAAAGGGACCCCAGGAAUGAACCGACACGACAAGUGUACAUUGCAUCGUUUGAUGAUGAAGGGGAACAAGCCUUCCGUCGGGUCGGCCCCGAGGGUCUGGUGAACCUCGAGAAGGUGUACCGGACGCAGGCUGUGAUGGACCACAUAGCGAGCUUCCACCAGCACAGGCAUGCUCUGGCAAGGACCAGCACGCCGGUGUUCGGUGAUUAUUUAAGAACAGUGAUCUCCACCUGCGAGCAGCCCGUCUUCUCUCCCCCCACACACAAAGGAGCCACAUUCGAAAACGAAGCGUUGUAUGAACUAGAGGGUGGUGGGUAUAGCCCCGUGCAGCCACUGCCUCACGACCACGCGGUCACUAUGUUCCCCCUCGCGCCGCAGAACGGGGAUCGAGUGGAUAGACAUGUCCUGCAGAUAAUGCACCACGGCACGGCGUGUAUAGUGGGUGAGGCGGAGUGGGGUGGGGGUUUCGUGCAUCUCCGGCUGGAGCGCGCAUGCGCGCUGCUCGCCUGGUGUCGCACCGCGCACAGGCCGCAUGCGCACUGCGGCGAAACCCCAUCAGAAAGUGUCCAGCAGCCAGAAGUAAGUUUAUCAUACAACCCAGAGGAAGUCAUACCAUUGAAGUAUUCUGGUAAUCUGGUGCAUGAGACAGAAGCAGGAGUGGUUGGUGAGGAGGGCUUCAUCGACCUCCAGUGCGUGAAGGACAUGCGUCUGGGCGGUAAGCUGUUAGAGCCUAAGGACAUAGCGGAGCUGGUGGCUUGCGCUAAGAGGCAUGGCCUUGAAACCUGUAGCCAAAGGGCCCAUGUCAUAUCCUUGGUGUAUGGGAAGACCUUGAGUGAUAACAGGAUUGUCCAUUUUUUGUUGCCUCCAUACUCUUAUAGAGUAUGGGCUGUCGGUUUGCAUUCUGUGAUCAAAGCUUUAAUAAGCCAGACAAAGCUGGCUGACAGAAGUUUAGCCUGGCUGAAGAAUAAAUACACAGCUCUGUACUAUGAGGACGGGUGUUGCUGCGAGCCACUGGUGUCUGACGCUAUCCGGAUAUUCGGUGGCCGAGAAUCCAUAUACGGCAGUUCCUGUCACUCCACUCCAAUCAAAUAUGCGGAGACCGAGUCCAGUAAAAGUGGUGUGAAAUUCAAGAAAAACCGGUCCACUUCAGAGCUGAAGGGUUCUCCAAGAAGUUAUAGCACUUCUGGGACUAGAAGUGAGGAAGAGACCUAUACUUCGCCUAGACAUAGCUCUUACUCAGCAGCAUCCAGCCAUCACACAUCAUGUGGGCCGCGCCACAGCAGCCUCACAGCCACCAGCAUUACUUCCAACUCGCCUAACAGGAGUAGUUUAAGAAGAUUGGAAACGAGUGAGCGAUUUUGGGAGAACAUGAAACAUCUGAGGACGGGCUCCGUUGGAUACGAAACACAACUCGAUUUCAUGGAUUUUGUCGCGCUUUUCAGGAGUUUUAGCCUAGUGAUGCGCAGCGAGCUCCGUGGCGUGUUCGAGCAGCUGGCGGUGCCGCGCACGCGCGCCGCGCUGCUGGCGGCGGAGCGCAGCCGCAGCUCGCCCGAGCUGUUCGCACGCAACGCCUACCGCACUGGUCUUCUAACAAGGAACGGAUCGCUAGACCUAGAGCCGCCUAGCGACAAAGCCAGUCGAAAGAAAGCUUUCGACGUCUUGGCAGCCGCUGCGUUACCAGGUGCAAACGCAGACUUAAGUGGUAGAGUGUUAUCAUUACCAACGCUGGGGAAGUUCUGCGAAACGAGACAAAGUGAGCCGAAAACUGAACAGCAACUAAAGGAUAUUAUUCAGAGGCACGAACCAGACCCUACGCUGAGGUCUGAAAACUGCCUGUCUUUCGAGGGCUUCGUCCGAUUUCUAUCAGACAAAGACAAUUACGCGUUUGUACCAGAACAACGGAGAGUUGGCAACUUUAUGGGGAAACCACCAGACGAGGAUCAAACGAGGGAUCUGAUCAAGGAAAUGUCAGGUCCCCUGAGUCAGUACUACAUCGCGAGCAGUCACAACACUUACUUGACCGGACACCAACUCAAGGGGGAGUCGUCUGUCGAGUUGUAUAGUCAGGUACUGCUCACGGGCUGCAGAUGUGUGGAACUCGACUGCUGGGACGGGGACGACGGCAACCCAGUCAUUUAUCAUGGGCACACGUUCACCACGAAAAUACCGUUUCGGAGAGUGGUUGAAACAAUUGCCAGGAGUGCGUUCGUCACAUCACCGUACCCCCUUAUAUUGAGUAUAGAAAAUCAUUGCAGUUUACCGCAACAGCAGGUGAUGGCAAGCACAUUUGAGGCAGUGUUUGGAGACCAAUUGGUAACAACAUUUCUGUUUGAUGUUGAUUAUACGGACGAGCCGAGACUGCCCAGCCCGGAACAACUGAAAUUCAAGGUGCUGAUAAAAAAUAAGAAGUUAUUGCCAGUGGAGUCGAGUCCGACUGUCGGAUUAACUGGUGCGACGUCCGUCCAAGGUGGAGCGCUAUCCUCCACAUUCAGGGCUAACGGCCUACGGCAGACCAGUGCGUCACUGCCGGAAGCAUCCAACCGGAACAGCUCGAUAAUGUCCAACCAAUCGGCUGGAUCCUCCAUCACCGAGUAUCUGUCUGAUGAGGAUUAUGAUGAAGAUGAUGAAUUCGAAGAAAAAGAAUUACACAAGAUACUUAACGCAAUGGAAGACAAGGCUGGUCGGACGUCCCUCUCCCUCUACCAGAGCUUCCGUAGGAGCGAGGGGGACGGCGACACCACCGGCAGCAUGAAACACGCCGCGAACAGGAAACGAAGCAACCAAAUUGCGAGGGAACUUAGCGAUAUGGUCACUUAUGUCCAAGCGAUCAAAUUCCGCGGCCUCAGCCCGCUUUCGCCUCGCAGUUCAGUGAAACAGCCGAGCGCGGUGAAGGAGACAGCACCCGCCUGCAGUAGCUUCGAAUCCUCCGAGAGUAGCGACAGUGCUGGCACGGUGGGGCUCCGCAUAGACUCGUCGAACUUCGACCCAGUGCUGUUCUGGUCGUGCGGCGUCCAACUGGUCGCGCUGAACUACCAAACGGAAGAUGCGGCGAUGGCGGUGAAUGCGGCUAUGUUUGAGAGCAAUGGCUGCCUCGGGUACGUUCGUCGACCGAGGGUCAUGUGGGAUCCGGCGCAUAUAGCGUAUCGACGUUUCAACCCCAUGGACAAGGAGUUCGAUGGCAUUCACGCCGCCCACCUAACACUGGCCGUGAUCUCUGGCCAAUACGUCGCGGAGAAUGUGUACUCCUUCUACAACGCGUACGUGGAGGUGGAAGUGCUCGGAGUCCCGGCUGAUUGCAGGAAGAUUAAGACCAAGGUGGCCAGGCGAAACGCUCUGAAUCCCAUCUGGAACGAGACGUUUAAUUUUAAGGUGAACUUCCCAGAGCUGGCGUUCAUCAGAUUCGAAGUGUAUGACGCGGAUACAAACUAUAUGCUCUCGCAACGUGUGAUACCGCUCCUUUGCUUGCGGCCCGGGUACAGGCAUGUGCGCUUGCGCUCCCCAACCAACCAGCCGCUGAACAUGGCGUCCCUACUCAUAUUUUCGCGCUGCACCGAAGAGCUGGCGGGCGAGUGUUGCCGCGCGGACAUCGAACCCACUUCCCCCGCGCAGCGGAGAAAGAUACACUUCGUGGUCGUGCACGCGGUGCUUAUGAGCGAGCCGUAUUCGAUAUUGAAGGUCACGCAUGACACUACGGCUAAUGAGGCGAUAGCGCAAUGCCUAACGAAGGCGGGCGUGUGCCGCACCGCGCGGGGCAGCUACGUGCUGGUGGAGGAGGUGCCGUCGCGCGCGCCCACGCAGCGCGUGCUGGCGCCGCACGAGCGCGUGCUCGGCGUGACGUCACGCGCCGGCGCGCGGCUGCUGCUCAAGCGGGUGGGGGACGACCCGAGCAGUAGGGCGUGGCUGACUAGUAUACGGUCGACAUCAGAAAAGGCCCAAUCCCUGCCUUCCGACGAAGAAUCACAGGAGGAAGCGAGGAAACCAGCGGACAGCUUCCUGGUUUGCGUCCACAACGUGUGCCAUGAAAUACCCUACGCUAUACUUAAGGUCCCCCUUGCAGCUACUGCCUCUUAUGUUAUUUAUCAAGCGUUAACUAAGGCGAGGUGUACUGAUGACCCUAAAAGAUUUGUACUAGUAGAAGAACUAGAAUGGGGUGGUCGGGCGAACUCCGGGCCCCAGCAAAGGGCCCUCGCUGAUGAUGAAAUUGUGUACACUGCACAGGCGAACUGGAAGACCCUCGGGCGCUUCGUGCUACAAGAGCGAGGCGCUCCGCCCGCGCGGCACCGCGCCGCCUUCGCGCGGAUUCAGCGCGGGCUCAGCAUUACGCGGGGCGCUAUAGCUGGAACAACAGGGUUCCCCCUCGUCAGCAGUAUGACGUCACACGAGGGGGUCGAAAAGACACCCGUACAGACGGCGUACAGUGACCCCACACACUGUCGGAGAGUUUCAGCAAACCCAUUGAGCAAAGGCAUCGGUCGGUCCAAAGGUCACUCGGACAGAGAUAUUAGGUUUCUCCAGAAGAGGUCUGGGUCUAGGGAUGUACAGUCAGAGGGAGAGCCAGGUGGUUCCCUGGGUGCGGAAGCACUGGCGGCUCAGAUGGCGCGCUUCAAGCGCGUGUCGCUGCGGAAGCUGCGCGCUUGGCGCUCCUGAGUGUGGCAGGUCUUCCGCCGGCUCGGCACGAGUCUGGCGAACCAUCGUGCAUCUCUUUCCUCCGAGUUAGGUUCACUAUGGGAUUUCUUCAGGAUAGACAAGGACAGACGACGCUCCACACAGACCACUUAUGAGACAAUCGAAAG